CCUGAGAGAGAAAGACUCCGCCUCCUGGUGUACUCUGGUACUGAAGGUUCAUCAGCAGGUUCAGACCAACAACAAACCGUCACCGAGGCUGAUCACACUGUAUCACGUCCUAUUUGUUUCAGACGAAAAACCAGACUGAUCUGAACAAACAUGCCGCUGGCCAAGGAUCUGAUGCACCCCAGCGUCACCGAGGAGAGGAGGCGACACAAGAAGAAGAGGCUGGUGCAGAGUCCCAACUCCUACUUCAUGGAUGUUAAAUGCACAGGCUGCUACAGGAUCACCACCAUCUUCAGCCAUUCACAGACAGUGGUACCUUGUUCGGGCUGCUCCAUAAUCCUCACCCAACCACAAGGGGGGAAAUGCAGACUCACUGCAGGCUGCGCCUUCAGACGGAAAUAGCCUCCUACUGACCAGACGCACCUGUGCAUCCAUGACAGGAAGGAUGGGAAAAUGAUUCCUAGGCUCACACUCUAUGUUUAUGAUUUAAAUGUGAUAAGAGAAAGAAGAGACAUCGCCUCCAUCUGUAUCUUGAUAAUGUGGUGUGAAAUUAAAUUCCCCCUGUGGGGUUGAAUGGGGUAGAGUAGGUUAAGGGAACUGUAUUUACAUUCCUAUGUGCUCAGAUUGAAUUGUAAGUAUAUCAGAAUGAUAUAGCAAGGCACAUGAUGUAGUAUUGAUUACUACUUUUACCAAGACGAUCAUGUUUCGUGUUUGUAAUUAUCAAAAUAAAAAAAAACAGUCAAAGCACUCCAGAUUUCUGUAAAACAUUUAUUAGACUGACAUAAGAGGGGGUGGUGAAUGUAAUAUUUCAAAAGAGCCAUAAUCAGAUGUGAGGCGCUGCUCAUGGCCCUGGCACAAGAUGAAGCCACGACGACCAUCACAAACAAAAAAUAAUAAUAAAACAUUUUGAAGAAUUAA